GUCGUAGUAAAUAAUAAACAAGCAAAGCAGUAAACAGUUGUUUUCAAGUUGAGAGAGAUCACCAGGAUAUGGUUCCCCCCUAGACUGCCGUUAAGUGAUGACUCGAUAUUUGCACAUGUUUUCCCCUUUGUUUCUUGAUUGUUUGAGCUUUAAUUAUUGCGUCUUUGGCCUAUUUUACGCUAGGUUGUGUUCCUUUGUCACAUUUAGGUCCUAGCACAUAAAGUGAAGCAUAGGCGCAAGUUUCAAGUCAAUCAGAGAUCAAUUGGCGAUUAGGGAGAAGAAACUCGGGCAUGACCUGAAGAAGAAUGAAUUUAUACCUCACUUUAUGGACAAAGAAUCAUGAAAGCUUGUCAUGGAAAGAAAGAGGACGAGACUACGAGCGUCUGGGAUCAAACGACGACUGAUUCGGAGUCCGGACGAGGGAGAAACGAAGCAUUGAAUAUAGGGGAACAAGUUCGGCAGUAAAAACACGGGCGCGCCUAAAUCAAAACACGGCCGUGCCCAUAUUUAGGCACGAACGUGUUUUGGCCGACGCGCGUGAGCGUGUUUUUAACACGGGGCAAAACACGGGCGGUCAAAAGCAAAGCACGGCCGUGCCCUCGACCGUGUUUUGCCCAGAAUCAGGUUUUUUAACGCAAAUUCGAGCCAAAGGUGAGGGAGAGCUGGGUUUUGGAUCCCAAACACCCAAGGGACGAACCAAAGAGAGAGAGGGCGAUUUGAGGGCAUUUUUGGAGUGGAAUUGGAGGAUUUCUUUGCCUUGGAAGCUCGAGGAACAAGCCCAGACUUGAAGACUGAUCAUCUGAAGAUUCUUACUGCAGCCUCUCUCUUCUCUAUGGAGUAACUUCCCUUCACUUAGGUUUUGAGGAACCCUAGCUAUGUUUGUUUGAUUGGAUGAUUGUAUGAGUACUCUGACUUGAUAAUCUUGAGUUCAUAUUCAAUCUAUGCAUGUUUUCAUGAUUCAAUUCUGCUUUAGUCGAGAUUAUUGAUUCUGCUUUGAUCCUAUGAGAGCGAAUACCUGAUUAGGUCAAUAGAGCACCAUAGAUUGAUAGUAUUGGAUCGAUUGCUUUAGUCGAGGGUUGGUUCACUGCUUUGUAUCGAUUGAGAACCUCAUUCGAUAGAGGGAAUCUAGUUUAGAACGCCUUGAUCGGUUGUUCUAGAGAAGGAUACGUCCCUCUAGGCAAUUGACUCAAGAGGGCCUUGUUCCUUUAGUCGAGACUCAAGGUCUAGUCAAAGAUUCUCCUCAUUGUGAAUGAAAGUGAAACAAGUUAGAAAUCAUCAAUCGUUAGUCUGGCUAGUGGCUAGGGGGAAUCAUACCUAAGUGAGUUCCCAACCUGUAAUUAGAUUAACUUUAACUGUAGUUUGCUAGAGUAGUUUUAGUUCUUUCAUCUUAAUUUGGUUUGCUAAAUAAUAAACUGAAGCUGAGUAAUAGUAACUCUAGAGACCCGUGGAUUCGAUAUUUAUCACUUGAGCCACUAUACUGCAGUCCCUUCCAUUGGUUACACUUGGCCAUUGUUAGGUGUUGUGUCGUAGCGAGUCAAGUUUUUGGCGCCGUUGCCGGGGACUUUCUAGAGUAUUAGGAUAGGCAGAAGUUUGUUACUUUAGCGUUUUUCUUUUCUUUUCCACCCUUGCUUUUCACUUGGGUGUUUUUGUUUUUGUUGGUGCAGAUCUGAAUCAUGGAUCCUCAUGGCUUCUCCAACAAUUGGGGGUAUCCACCACCACCCGAGUGGUAUUACCCCGAGACUCCCUGGAGCAAUCAAGGAGGAGAAGACUAUGGAUUCGGGUUCCAGUACCAACCCCCUUACUACGGAGAACAACCGGACCCCUGGGCAUAUCAAGAACAACCUCAUUACCAAGAAGAAUUUUUCCCACAACCAGAGGGGCCAUUGGAGCUGGAAUUACCCAUGGCAGCCUUCACGGGCCAUUCUGCAGAGCCAUGCUACACUCCACAGCCAGAUCCACACUAUGAAUUGAGACUUCUCAUGGAGCAGUUUGCUCGAGACUGUGAUAGAACAUGCUCCAGGAUGGAUCAUUGUGUCCAGGCCUAUCGUGAAACAGAGGAGAUCCUCCUUAGCCUUAAGAAGAGCGUCGAUGAUCUUGAGCGAUCUUGGGCACAACCUGCUCCAGAGCACCCUUCUGCUACCAUACUAGAAGAGGAGGAGGAAGAAGAAGGCUACAAGGACAUUGUGGAACACACAGAAGUUGUCACGGAGAGCUCCCGUGAUGGUCAUGAUCAGGAAUGUCCUGUCGUAGCCGACCACACCUUCCCCCACCCCAAACUGAGCUUUGAAGAGGCAGGCAUGAGUGAGGAGAUGCAAGAAGAUCUCAUGAAAGAAAUUGCUUGGCAACUUGCUCUCCAAUCCGUGCUAGAAGAAGAAGAGCAAGAAAGGGUGCAGAAAGAAGUUGUGGAGGAUGACGAAAGUGAAGCAGGAGGAGUUCUUGAUCAUUUCCCAGGGGUGAUACCACAUGAAGAAGGAAGGGAGGUUGAAGAAGAAAUUAGCGUCCAGGCUGAGGACGGAGUUAAGGUGGAAGAGGCCUGCACCGGCCAUGAGUUACAUGUGAUAUCUCCACCAAACUUCGAGGAACUGCUUAGCAAGGACCCAUUUGCAGUGUCUCUUUGACAGACCAAGGCCACAUCGACAUCGGUCCCUCUUGGUGGACGCGAUGGUGGUCAAUCGAUGCUGUCAUAUCUGGUUUGGGGCAAUGAGACGAGAGAAAGAAGAAGAGGUCUCGAGGGUGGAGACGUUAUCUGCAUCAAGUGCACGAGCUUCCAUCACCUGUCAAUACACAUGCUCGUGACUUGAGACUCCACCUCAUCGACGAGAACCUCAACUUCAAGGAGGUUUUGGGGUGGACCGAAACUUAGGAGCCAUCGUCCGGCUCACGACGUGAAAGAAGCGCUUGUUGGGAGGCAACCCAACCAGUCGGUUUGCAUUUAUUUCUCUAUUUCUCUUCGGUUGAGUCAGUUUUGUUCUUUGAUUUCAGAGUCAAUAAUUCAACCUUUGUGAGAUUUUGUGUGGUGUUUGUGUUCCGACUACUUUGUCCUCCUGGAAUGCACCGCCUUCCCCGUCCACCAUCAUUCACCGUUGAUAUGGUAACUUCGUUCUACCCUCCUUAUCUUUCCUCCAUUGAGGACAAUGUCGUGCUUAAGUGUGGGGGGAUGUUCGAUUACGUAUGUGUGUGAAUGUUUGACUGUUUGUGUGCUUGGAGCCUAGUCCACUGUCCAAAUUUCGAUUUGAGGGCUCCAAGUACGUGUUCCUUGCAAUUUCCUGCUCAGUAUGCUUUGAAUUGACAGUCUUUAUAGUAAUAUGCAACCUAGGGAGGUAGUGUAGCACUAUGGAGGAUGUUGAUGCAUUUAAGAAGUCUCAUUUCUUCUUCAUAUUGUGUUGGUUGAUUGAGUGAAUUAGUGAUCUUAGGACCCCUGAAUUGUGUGGUGUUGUGGACUCUCUACCUGUCAUGGACUCUUGUUUCAUGUUUUGAGUUUAACAGGUGCUCGAAAAUGUGCUUUAAAAUAACGUCUCCCGUGCGAAUAGGGCGAAAGUGUGUAAGGGGAGACGGGAAUUCGUUCCCAAUUUUCACCUACUACCUCCAGCCCCCUUACAUGUCUUUCCCCCGCACGAGGCUCGAGACACCCGCUCCUGGCAUGGCCGGUAAGAGCCGGGCUCCCGCAAAACCUCUGCUAGGUGGGAGCCCCCAUUUUCUGAAAAGCAGGUUGGGACCCUUGAAAAAAAAUGAAAAGGAAAAAUAACAGAAAACAAGCAAAACAGAAAGAAAAGGGGUUCCAACCGUCUUCAAAAAGAAAAUAAGAGCACCUUGAAAAAUGUGAGUCCAUGAUUUUUUUUUUAGAGUCUCUUUGUCCACAAUUCAUUUGUCCUCUGUUCACUAUUUGCCAUGAUGCCGACUCGAGACUAGCGUUCUCGCCGAAGAAGCUAUGAGAUGACUUGUGCGUCGGUUGACCUCGUAAGCUGCUAAAUGAUCUAGAAAAUUCUCUACCAACGAUCGAGGGUGCAUGUUGCUAUAGAGGUCUGGAGAGCUGCAUUAGAUUUGCUUGGGGACAAGCAAACGGUUAAGUGUGGGGGGAUUUGAUGACUCGAUAUUUGCACAUGUUUUCCCCUUUGUUUCUUGAUUGUUUGAGCUUUAAUUAUUGCUUCUUUGGCCUAUUUUAUGCUAGGUUGUGUUCCUUUGUCACAUUUAGGUCCUAGCACAUAAAGUGAAGCAUAGGCGCAAGUUUCAAGUCAAUCAGAGAUCAAUUGGCGAUUAGGGAGAAGAAACUCGGGCAUGACCUGAAGAAGAAUGAAUUUCUACCUCACUUUAUGGACAAAGAAUCAUGCAAGCUUGUCAUGGAAAGAAAGAGGACGAGACUACGAGCGUCUGGAAUCAAACGACGACUGAUUCGGAGUCCGGACGAGGGAGAAACGAAGCAUUGAAUAUAGGGGAACAGGUUCG